AUGGCCCGGCGGGAGCGGGAGCGGGAGCAGGGCUCGGCGGAGCAGAGGGUAGCUGGCAUCGCCCAGACAUUCGCCUUCCUGGAAGCCACCCAGCCCCAAGCAAGGAGCCUAGCCCGCAGCUCCCAUCUCUGGCCGGCCGCCACAGGGAGCAGGGAGCGUUUCCAUCCACUGCAGAAGAUGGACACCAGCAGGAGCAUCAGCUGGGGCAACCAGGGCCCGGGGAGCUGGGGUAGGACUGCAGGCAGGCUCUCCGUUGGCCCCGGCAGUACCCGAAGGAAGGAGCUGAAGGAAAUCCUCCUGCAGAGCAAUAGCCCCAGCAGCACCAUGCGGUUUGCCACCGCUCAGAAGACAUCCAACAGCAGCAGUCUCCUUGCAGGGCUGCACCAAGAGCAGAAGCCUGAGCAGAGCCCCGAGGUGCUGUCCCUUGCCUUGGAUCCCCUGGAGCACGAGUGGCUGCUGACAGUGGCCCAGGGCGAUGCGGACAACAUCAUCAGGCUGCUGGACCUGGAUCCCAGCCUGCUGACCAGGAAAGACUUUGUGACGGGCUUCACUGCUCUCCACUGGCUUGCCAAGCAUGGCCACCAUGAGAGAUUCAUCCAGGUCAUCUCCCAUGCCCAGAAGAAGGGCUAUCCUGUCAACGUGAACGUUCCCACGGCCAGCGGUGGGCUCACCCCCUUGCACCUGGCUGCCCUGCAGGGACAUGAGCUGCUCAUCAAAGUGCUGGUGGGAGCUUAUGGGGCAGACACCAGCCGCAGGGACCACAAUGGGCGCAAGGCUUGGCAGUACCUGAGGGCAGACACCUCCAGGGAGCUGAAGGAGCUGGCGGGGGCCUUGGAGGAGGACUUGGUCCAGCUGUGCUCUCACAACACCAACAACAACUGUAAGUCGUCCAGAGAGGCCAGGGCAGGGCGGGACUGUGUGGAUUCCGGGGCCAAGGCAAAAGCCCAGCGCUCCUGGAACUUGUUGACCCUCCGGGACUUUGUCAGGCAGGCAUUUACUUUCUUCCAAGAGCGCUGA